CAGGGUGCUGACUGGUGCGGGGCAGCAGCAGCAGCAUCUUACACCCCCUGGAUCACCCUUGAAGCACCUCGUGCCGGCUACCAGCUGUCUGAGCCUCUGACCAUGGACUCGGUGACCGUCUAUCACGGGAACAUCAGCCGCGAGACGGGGGAGAAGCUGCUGCUCGCCACGGGCCUGGACGGCAGCUACCUGCUGCGGGACAGCGAGAGCAUGCCCGGCGUCUACUGCCUCUGUGUGCUGUAUCAAGGUUACAUUUAUACCUACCGAGUGUCCCAGUCAGAAACAGGUUCUUGGAGUGCUGAGACAGCACCUGGGGUACCAAAAAGAUUAUUCCGGAAAAUAAAAAAUCUCAUUUCAGCAUUUCAGAAGCCAGAUCAAGGCAUUGUAAUACCUUUGCAGUAUCCAGUAGAAAAGAAACCUUCACCUAGAGGUGCACAAGGUAUUGGAGAAGAGAAGACCCUGAUGUCUACAUGAAAGCACCAUGAAAAUACAUUUAUUUCAGAUAAUUUAAAUAGACUUUUAGGUGUUUUCUCUUGUAUAUAACCCCACAAUUUUGUAUAUUGUAGAUAAAAUUAAGCGAGGAACAAAAUCAUUUCUGAAAAUAUCGCGUUCUUGUAAUGGAAGCUUCUAGCCUUAUAUUAAAACGUCCAUGGCCUUUUCAUGUAAUCUGGAAUUUUAAAAUGAUAAUUGGGAGAAAAUUCUAUUGCAUUAAAAUUUUAUAUACUUUUUUCAAUUAUAUAUACAAAUAGGAAAUGUUUGGUUUUAAACCAAGUGUGAUGAUUG